UAAUGGAACGAUGCCACUACUGAAGUACUGACCUAUUGCCCCGUAGGUAUAAAUUCCAACAAAAAGAUAAACGAUUUCUAAUAUUCUAAUGCUCUCGUUAGCGUCGAGAGUCGAGACGUGUUCACGGUGUCUUCUGCCUAUUAUGCUACAAAUCUACGAUCAGAGUUGUUCGUCUGAGUGUGCAGUCAAUACCAGUCAAUAAGUUCUUAAACGGAUUUUUUUAUUUGUGAACACGGCAGUGAGAUCAUUAAGAUCUAUUACAAUCAUGUGUAGCUUUGUUUAAAAAUUACAGUGAAUCAAUCUCUUAUGGAACUUGAUGGCAAGUACACUAUCUGUGUUUGUAUGUUUUAUACCAUGAAGCUGAUUUUUAAAUCACUGGGUACAUUACCCUUAAGGCGAUUUCUAUCAACCUUACCCAAACCGUUAAAUCCUGUACAAGAAGCUGCCCUCGAAGAACGUUGUAUUCUUGUUGACCAAAAUGACCAAGAAUGCGGUUUCGCUAGUAAACGAGACUGUCACAGACUAGUAAACGGAAACCUUCCAUUACACCGUGCAUUUAGUGUCUUUUUGUUCAAUACCAAAGAUGAAUUACUAUUACAACAGCGUUCAUCAACCAAGAUCACAUUCCCAGAUCAUUAUACAAAUUCAUGUUGUAGUCAUCCRCUGUACGAGAUUGAACAUGAGCGCAAAGACCUAGAAGGUGCUAAAGCUGCUGCUUGUCGCAGACUUGUGUUUGAAUUAGGAAUUCCUACAAGCCAAUGUCAACCUAAAGACUUGCAAUAUAUAACCAGAAUAAGGUACAUGUCUGAAGGAGAUGGGACCUGGGGUGAACAUGAGAUUGAUUAUAUAUUUAUUUUGCAUAAAGAUGUUGCUUUGGAUCCUAAUCCAGAUGAAGUGAGUACUGCCCUGUAUAUUCCCAAAUCAAAAAUGAAUAAAUUCUUGAAGAAUUUAAAACAUCCAAUUACGCCAUGGUUUAAACUAAUUGCACAAAAUGAAUUGACAAACUGGUGGGACAAUUUAAGAUCUCUGGAAAAAGUCAUGAAUCAUAAACAAAUUAUUAGCUAUUAACCACUUUUCUACUACGGGAAUUAUUAAUUACGAUUGGGACUAUAUAAACAUUUGUACUGUUUACAGUAUGGAAAUUAGAUUAACAUUGUUAUUCAUUUUAUUGUGAUAAAAUACUAUUGUUCACAUAUUAUAUAUAUAUAUAUGCAUUUGGUA